GAUGGCCGCAACGCAUGCUAGCUCACACCACAUGUGCGUGGCGGCAUGCCGUCUUGCGCCCGCUCUUUUCGUCCCCGCCUCGCGGAUAUAUAUUCACGCACACACACAAUGUCAGAGUCAGGCACACAACAAUUUGGCUAGGCAGUGCGUCGACAUCGAGGAGGAGGAGUCCAUUGCUCGAGCGGAGCAGCGGCAAUGCGGGGACCUGGCGGCAGCAGCACCAAGGCCUUCAAGCAGGGGUUCCUCAGGAGCUUCCUCCUGAGCCUGAGAUCCUGCGGGAACGGCGCCAUGGGCCUGCAGGAAAGGAAGCGCGCCGUCCGGUCGUCCGCCGACAUCGCCAUGGCCACCACCCGCGGCAACGGAGCCAUGUGGCCGCAGGCCCUUCUAGCAGCAGCAUCGUCAUCAUCUUCGCCGUCGUGGAGUAGGCGGUUGCCGGCUGCAGCCACGGCGAAGGCGACGACGAGGCGGAAGAAGGUGGCGAGGAGGUGCUGUCCCCAGAGGAGGACGACGGCGAGCAGCGGCGAGAUCGCGAGGAGGCUGGUGAGGAAGCGGACCAAGGUGCUGCGGGGGAUGGUGCCCGGCGGCGAGCUCCUCGACGGCGCCUCGCUGCUCCGCGAGGCCGUGGACUACGUCGUCCACCUGCGCGCGCAGGUCGCCGUGCUCCGCCGCGUCUCCAACGCCAUGCAACAGAGACCGUCGUCCCACCACCACAUGGCAGGGGCUCCGCCAGUGCAGUUGAAAACAGAGACGACCGGAGCGGCUCAAGCCUCGGAUGGAAACCAAGAAUAGCGAGGCCGCAGAAAUCAGGAGCCUCCGGGAGCGCUUGCGGAAUGGCCAAGAUCUUGUACUGUUCAGAGGCAUGAGAUCUAGGAUCUCGGAACUGCGAGGCAUGAGGUAGGAGGCAGGUGUUAGCAGCGGCUAGUUGUAGUGUCAGCGAGGCACAGAAAUUUUUGGGUGCACUAUUUAUGGCCAACCGGGGAGAUAUGCAGGUGCUGGGAAUUGCCAGCUCGAUCAUGCUUGUAAAAAUGGACUUGGAAUUCAGUUGUGUUCGCUUCAGUUCAUGCUGAUUUGUUUGUUUCGUCUUCCUUAUUGUCCUCUGUAAUAUGAUACCAAGGUCUUGUCCUCGGCGACGAAAAA